CGCUACCACUGUCUGGAUUUGAGGGGAGUCUCUUAUCCGGAUAUGACAACAUGUUGACCCGGAAAAGGAGGGAGACGGGGCAGUGGGUCCUGAGACGCGGCUAUGGAGGGAGCCGGUUACAGGGUGGUGUUUGAGAAGGGAAGCGUGUACCUGCACACCAGUGCCAAGAAGCACCAAGAUCCGGACUCCCUCAUCGCCGGUGUUAUCCGUGUUGUGGAGAAGGAUAAUGAUGUUCUCCUACACUGGGCUCCUGUAGAAGAGGCCGGAGAUUCCACCCAAAUCUUCUUCUCCAAAAAGGAUGCCAGUGGGGGUGACUCCUGUACCUCCGAGGAAGAACCGACCUUUGACCCCGGCUAUGAACCUGACUGGGCUGUCAUUAGCGCUGUGCGGCCGCGGCCCCGCCACUCAGAGCCCAUGAAAGGUGCAGAGCCCAGCUCCCCCCGGGAUGCCUGGGCCUUCUCGGUGAGUCUGGGGGAGCUCAAGUCCAUACGCCGGUCCAAGCCGGGCCUCAGCUGGGCCUACCUGGUCCUGGUGACUCAGGCUGGAGGUUCCCUGCCCGCUCUACACUUCCACCGAGGGGGUAUCCGCACCCUGCUCCGAGUCCUCAGCCGCUACCUGCUGUUGGCCAGCUCCCCACAGGACUCCCGCCUCUACCUGGUCUUCCCCCACGACUCCUCCGCCCUCUCCAACUCCUUCCACCACCUCCAGCUCUUUGACCAGGACAGCUCCAACGUGGUGUCUCGCUUCCUCCAGGACCCCUACUCCACUACCUUUAGCAGCUUCUCCCGUGUGACCAACUUCUUCCGGGGAGCCCUGCAGCCACACCCAGAGGGGGCCUCCCCUGACCUUCUUCCAGCCCCUGAUGACGAGCCUGAGCCUGGAUUCGAGGUCAUAUCCUGUGUGGAGCUGGGUCCCCGGCCAGCUGUGGAGCGGGCACUUCCCGUCACAGAGGAGGAGUGGGCCCACCAUGUGGGCCCUGAGGGCCGCCUGCAACAAGUCCCCAUGCUGAGAGCCCGGAUCUUCUCAGGGGGUCUGAGCCCCAGCCUGAGGCGCGAGGCCUGGAAGUUCCUCCUGGGGUACCUCAGCUGGGAGGGCUCAGUUGAGGAGCACAAGGCCCACGUGCGCAAGAAAACGGACGAGUAUUUCCGAAUGAAGCUGCAGUGGAAAUCGGUGAGCCCUGAGCAGGAGCGGAGGAACUCACUGCUGCAUGGAUACCGCAGCCUCAUCGAGAGAGAUGUAAGCCGCACAGACAGGAGCAACAAGUUCUAUGAGGGACCGGACAACCCGGGGCUGGGCCUGCUGAACGACAUCCUUCUCACCUACUGCAUGUACCACUUCGACCUUGGCUAUGUCCAGGGCAUGAGUGACCUUCUCUCCCCGAUCCUCUACGUCAUUCAGAACGAGGUGGAUGCCUUCUGGUGUUUCUGUGGCUUCAUGGAGCUUGUGCAUGGGAACUUUGAGGAGAGUCAGGAGACGAUGAAGCGGCAACUCGGGCAGCUCCUGUUGCUCCUCCGGGUGCUGGACCCCCCACUCUGCGAUUUCCUGGAUUCUCAGGACUCUGGCUCUCUCUGCUUUUGCUUCCGGUGGCUGCUCAUCUGGUUCAAGAGGGAAUUCCCGUUCUUGGAUGUCCUUCGACUGUGGGAGGUGCUGUGGACAGGGCUCCCUGGCCCCAAUCUGCACCUGCUGGUGGCCUGCGCCAUCCUGGACAUGGAGCGGGACACCCUCAUGCUUUCGGGCUUCGGCUCCAAUGAGAUCCUCAAGGUGAGGCCCUGGCCCCUCCCAGUCUCCACCUUUUACCUCCCUCCUGACCUGUGCAGACCAGACACAGCUGGGUGUGAACUCCGUGGAGGCUGGCACUGUGCCUGUGCCACACUGCCCCACAACGUGCAGGAGGUCCUGGGCCUGGUCCCGCCCUCUGAGCCCCGCAGCCCCUCACCCCCUGCCUCUCCAUUGCCGCUGUCCCCCACCCGGACCCCACCGGCCCCGCCGCUCCCCGCAGACACAGCCCCGCAGCCGGACAGCAGCUUGGAGAUACUGCCUGAGGAGGAGGAAGAGGAAGGCACGGACUCCUAACAUCCCCGGGCCUGCGGCAGCCUGCCCCGCAUAGCACUUUAUCUAGCUCCGGCCUCUCCAGGGGCUGGGGCUGGGGCUAGCGGAGAGGGGCGGGGCCUCCCGCCGUGCCGCCUGCGCCCUCCUGAUUAGCUGGUUUCAUUAACUGACAUUUCAUGUGUCCAGCUGGCCUCGUGAAGAGGGAGGAAAGAGGCUGCCAGUUGUCUUGAACCUGGAUGGGGAAGGGGUGGUUUGUGGUCCCCUCCGACCACUGCAGAACAGGUGUCUGGCCACGUAACCCUGACCAGGGCAAUGAGACGUAAGAGGAGGUCCCUUGGGGGUGAGGGGGUGGGGCUUGUGGAGGCAAGGCUCCCUUAACUGCCUGAGUUUGGGACUUUUGGAAGAGUGAGGAUGGGGUGCUGGAGUGCGGCUGCUACCUAGCAGCUGUGCGGGGACACAUCCCGGACAUAACCGAGAUGGAAGGGCCUGCAGAGCUGCUCAAACACUCUGGUGACCCUGCCUACCAGCUUCUUGUUACGUGAGAAAAAUAAACUUGUGUUUAACCCAUUG